CACACCAUUUCAUUUCUUCACUACUCAAAUUCCUACUCUUUCUCACUUUCCGUCACUUUCUCGAGAAAAUUUCAAAAAAAAAAAAAAACAAAAAGCAAAAUGUGUCCGGCCAUAGGAAGAUGCAACAAGAUUCGUCACAUUGUUAGGAUCCGGCAAAUGUUGCAGCAGUGGCGAAGAAAGGCUCGGAUCGCCGCCGCACGCGCCGCUCCUUCCGAUGUUCCGGCUGGACACUUGGUGGUUUGCGUCGGAACCAGUUCGAGGAGAUUCAUCGUUCGAGCGACGUAUCUGAACCAUCCUUUGUUCAAGAAUCUUUUGGUUCAAGCCGAAGAGGAGUACGGUUUCGCUAACCAUGGACCGCUCUCGAUCCCCUGCGACGAGGCUUGUUUCGAGGAAGUCCUCCGAGUCGUGACUCGUUCCUCCGAUUCAGGUAACUCGGGCAGAUUCAUCGUCAACGCUGAGGAAUUUCAGAGACGAUGCAACUUAGAUAGCAGGAAGAAGAUCGAGUUCUUCGGCGAAUCUCGACCGUUGCUUCAUGAUUUGUCUGAUAAAUCAGUCUGUUAAUAUGUAAAAAAUCAAAAAAAAAAAGGAGGAAGAAGAAGAAGAAGCGAGUCAGACUCGGUCGCGUGACUCAGCUGAGUUGGCGAAUUGCGAGUUGGUUCCGCUGAGUUUACUUUUUUACUAACAUAUUUUUCUUUUUUCCUUUUUUUUUAUAUAUAAAUUCAUUUUUGAAUUUAUUAUAAUUAUUUAUAUUAUUAAUUAACUAAUUGAUGAUAAAAAAAUUAGGGUGGUAGUGAGUUUGACCGAGUCGUCCCGAGUUGAAUCGGAGUUGUGGUGAGAUGGCUCAGGCUAGCUUGUAAUUUGAGCUAUUGUAAAUUUCUGAGAUUAUCAAUAUAUACAAUCAAAUGCUUUUAUUAAUAUCA